UUGCUGCAGAAAACUGACUUUCUAAACUCCUUCUGGCAGUUGAUUUCUUCUUUUGGAGUAAAUCGUCAGUGACCUCAUCGUCGCUUGAAUCAUAUGGCUGCAUGUGUUAUAAACAAUUAGUGUUUACACAUUUACAGGUCUUCUGCAGGGGAUUUUGGACUAAUGGUGGUUUUCAAAUAGGCAAAGAAAACCACUCCUAAUAUUACAGUUGAAGUAAUGGAAUACAAAAUAUAGCAGUUCUGAAGACAGUACGAGCAUUGGGAACAACAUCAGUUAGCACUAUUAUAAAGAAAGAUACCGUUGAUGUUUUCCAGUCGUCUGAUGACGUUCUUUUGACAUGAGAUGAAUGAAAAUCUGUGGGGAUAGGAUAACGUGCCACGAUGUCCGAUACAUCUCCAGAGCAGAUGACAUUGAUUCUGAGUCCCAGGGCAAGGGGACUGUAUCGGCGUAGAGGUGGGUACAUCAACCGAUACAAGUUUCAGAGAGAACGGCUGAGAGCGUUGCAAAAUAUAGAAGAUGAGUCUAUACCCACUGGCAGCACGUUUCACAGGACCAAUCUACCGAAACUGACUCAACCUCUUCCACCAGAGAGGGACACAUCGACCGUGUCGUCUGCUAGCAGUAGAUCCAUUGAAACCAUCAAGCUCCCCUCAGUACCCAGUACGACUAAGGUGGGGCAGUACAUAAAGAACCACCCUCCAAUGAGAAGUUUUCACGUCAAGCUUUAUCCUGACCACUAUUCGCGGAUUGCUCGAUCUUUGCCCAGUCUCCCUUCCAUCCCAGGUUCACCACAUCCCCUGCACGCAGCCAUGUCACCAUCUCCGGAUGCUGACGAACCAGACUUUCCCGUCCACACCAAGCCAGUCCUUAUUCCUAGCAGACACAGAUUCGAGGUCAUUGCUUUUCAAAAGACAAUUCAUCAAGAAAAAACCGAGCUUCAGACACUAAUUCCCACGAGAGACAGAAAGAAACCAGCGUACCAUCUAGAUGCAAUUCCGCCCUCCCCUCUAAACAGUGAACCAGAUGACAAACCGGUGAUUCAGAAGCACCAUCGGGAGAGGGAGGCCAAGAACUUGCGCCCUGUGUUGACUUCCAAGCCUCCGCUCGGACGCCCGCAUCGGAGAUAUCGAACAGACCGCUUCUCUGAUUCCAAGAGUGAUGGCGAUAUCCACAUAAGGAAGAAGUGGAAGGAUCAUUGUGGAUGUCUGAGAUGUCAGAUGAUCAAACGCCAGUGGCAAGAAGGGGAUGAACUGUACAAGGUGUGGGGCAACUACCCGUGCCAUCAUAUCGACCCUGCAGCAAUGGCCGACGAUGAUGACGAUUAGAAAUCUUAAAAUUUUCAAAGACAAUUUAAGCUAUUCCAGCACCAACUGUGUCUGUGUAGCAAGAAUAUGUAGCUAGGAUGAUGUCAGUUACCCAGAGACACAUACAUCCACGCACAAGAGCGAUAUUCAUAUAUUGCAUGGUGCACGGAUCAUUCGAGGAGAAUAUAUUCUGUUUAUGUAUCUUGUUACCUAUAGGGUUAAUAGGGUCUUAUUAAAAUAUAGAAUUCUGGGACAAGGAAUUAAAUGUUUGGCAAUCCCAUGUUUGAUUCGCUUUCCUGGGUGUUUCAAUCAAGUGAACCUAGGCCCAAAUAUCCUUGGUUGUUUUUAUUUUUAUGUUUGUGUACAUCAGAGAGAGAGAGAGAGAGAGAGAGAGAGAGAGAGAGAGAGAGAGAGAGAGAGAGAGA